CAUCAACCAAACCACAGAGCUUACUAUUUUUGUUCAUCUAAAAUGCUUCUUCCAAAGACUCUAGCUGUACUUACAGGCUUCCUGGGUGCUGCCUCUGCUGGCGUACCUAGAAUGCGUGGCUUGGAAACGAGUGUCGUCACACCAGUGGACGACCUUGCGACCCGUGCCGAGCCAUGGGUCGAAAUCACAUUUUUUAAUGACUGGGAUUUCAAAGGCAGCAGCCAAAAGUUCAGAACUGUGCCGGACGGUAAAUGCUAUGAUGUUGCAGUGGAUCGGCAGAAUACUAUCUCAUCGCUCAUUGUCGACAAUUAUGACCUGGGCCGACGACAAUGCUGGUUUUACAAGCAACUCUAUUGCUCUGGGGAUGUCCUACUUGCAAGGGCGCCUGCAGCUGUCAACCUGAGGAACUAUGGCGAGUUUAACGACAAAAUAAAGUCGUUCAAAUGUGAGCUUUAUAGCGUAUGAUUCUACAGUUAGCUAGGCACACUAGGGCCAUAGAGCGUUCAGCUUUAACCUAGUGUUUCCAUU